UCUCCCGGAAGUAGGAAGCUUUCUCUAUCUACCGGCUUCUUCAUUUUGACAGCGCAUCCCAUGGUAGCACUUUUUUUUUCCGAAGACAUAAGACAUGUUCCUGCUGUUGGUGGGUGCUCUCCUGCUGCUCUUCUGCACAGUAGAUGUUUGGUACUUCCUGCGAGGGGCCCAAGUUUUUUUCCAGGCAUGGUUUCAACCCCGAAUAGGGGAUAUUAUGGCCGAACAAAGUGUGGAUGGUCAGGUCCUGCCCCACGACCUGGACUACAUGGGCCACAUGAAUAACUCUCGCUACCUGAGGGAGUGUGACUUUGCCAGGUUCCACCAUUACAUGCGAAAUGGGCUGUUCAUGGCCUCACACAGGCUGGGGGCGCGGAUGGUGGUGGGGGCCUCCACUAUCCGUUAUCGGCGCUCGUUGGCGUUCCGCGAGCCCUUUGAGAUCCGGACCAAAGUCAUUGGCUGGGAUGAGAAGGCCUUUUAUUUGGAACAGCGCUUUGUGUCUAAGAGGGACGGCUUCAUCUCAGCGGUCAUGCUCUGCAGGCAGAACGUGGUGCGCUGCAGCCCCGAGCAAAUCAUAGAGUUUGUGUGCAAAAGAAAGAUCACAUGUCCAGAGUUUCCUGAGGACCUCAAACACUGGCUAGACUACAUCUCAGCCAGCAGCCAGGCUCUCAGAGCAGAGAGCGGCCUGGAGAAGAAAGACGAGUGAGUCUCGUCCCGAGGACAGGAAGCCUCAUUCCCAGCAUAUUGUUUGCACACUGACGUGAAUACGCACAUGCAAUGAAACAUUCUCAUUCUAGGAAAGUAUGUAGUUAAGUUGCUAUAUAUAUAAUUCAUUUGUUUUUUCACCCAGUGAUGUAUGAUCCUUUUUAAUUUUAAUUUAUUCCAUAUUAUUAAAUGACUGUCUUGACUGAGUAUUGAAGAAGGCCAAAAGUAAAGCCUUCCUUAAGGAACCAAAAGUAUAAGGAAUGCAAGAAUGAUUGCAGAAAACAGGGGAUGUUUAGCAAUUUGUAUCAUCAUGGCUUUAGAUACGCAUGUGGAACCUUAGAUAUCAAUGACAUCAAUGCAUGUUUUCAUACAAAGGGAAUGAUUUAUUUGUGCCUGUUUCCCACGAGUAGCGGAAGAUUUCCAAAUUUACGAUAACCAUUCAUACUAGGAAAAAAAGUCUUAUUUUUUUCAAAUAUUGGGGUGUGAUCUGAUACUUGAAGUACCUAAUAUGUUUAUAUAGACACUUUCCUUUUACAGUUUGCACAGGUUAUCCCACGGUGAAAGACUGCAAUUUGUGAGUUAUCUUGAGGGAUUGUUUAAUAGAUUAGGUUUAAGAUGAAUACACAAAAGGGUAUUUAAGCACAGGUUGUGUGAAGGAGCUUGACUAUCAAUCAGCUGGAUCUGUCGAUGCAUAAAACUGGAACACGUUAAGAUGUUAUAUUAUUGCAUAUUUUACAUUACUCAAAUGACAAAUUUAUACAAUCUCGAGCCUGACUACUUUUUUUGUGACCAAAAUAAUGUAUCAUUCCUCAUGAGAGAAUCAUCUGUAUUUCUAUCCCAUAUUAUAUGUAUGUUUGUCUUAUCUGUUCAUAUUCAUGAGUUUACUGAGUGCAGCUUGUUUAAAUUCUGAGAGGGGGAAUGUGGAAAUAAUUGUAUUUUUGAUUGUUAUUUAUUGAUAAAUUAUUCAGAGAUCCAAAUAUAGGAUUAUACGGUGUAUGCUCAUUAUUAAAAUGCCUUUUAAAUGCUUUA